AAAGGGCAGUUUAAUCCGGAAUCCAAGUGUCGCGAACUGCACAAACAGUUGGAAGUCGGCCAUGGAAAUCGACAGGAAGCUAUCAAGAAAUGUAUCCUCGUAUGUGCCGAUUCCGUCAAGCAGUUGAAGGAAAAGCGAGAAGACAAUAGGGAUGAUGUUGCAUUGAACAAGCAGUUUAAGACUGAGCAGCGAAAGUUGCGAUUAUUGCAAGCCGAACUCAGUGUCGAAGAUAUCAUUCGGGAGCGUACUCAGAAGACCUUCAGGGAGCGUUGUCGACUUUUCGUGAACGUUGACUCGCUGUAGUAGAGGUUUGAUGAACAAAAUCACUGGAAGAAACUCAAUCAUCAAUUCAGAAUUAAAUAUCAAACGGAGAGUGCAACAGGAACGCAUUUAUCUAAACCAGGACGCCUAAAAAGGCAGAAGUUUCGCUGUAAGAAUAGCGGUCAGUGAUGCAUUGCAAUAACACAAAGUCUGUUUUAGUUUUUGUUAAGAAGAAGGUCACAGCUUUUGAUGGAAAAUCGUACAUAAGUAAAUUUUAAUUCAUUUGUUAUAGUGUCUAGAAAGCAUAUAUAUACCAAUAGAAGAA